AUGGUUAUAGAACUGGUACAAAAAUUUUCUGAGUUGGGAUUAGUAGAGCAGGGUCAGACUGAGCGGGGUAUUCUGUUAUCUAUGGUUGCCCAGUUACCCAUUGUAGAGAGGAUUAAAGAAGCUCAGGCUACAGAUCAGCAUCUGCAGUUUUUGUAUAGUAGAAUCAUCCCAGGACAGCAGACAGGGUUCUCUUGCAAUGAAAGUAGAAUUCUGUAUUUCCAAGGGAGAUUGUGUGCUCCUAAAUCACCUUCCAUGAAGGAAGACCUACUUCAGGAGGCACACCAGUCCAGAUUUACGAUUCAUCCUAGUGGUACACACAUGUAUAGGGAUCUGAGACAUUCUUAUUGGUGGACUGGUAUGAAGAAAGACAUUGUGAAUUUUGUUGCACGAUGUCUUGUAUAUCAGCAAGUGAAGGCUGAACAUCAGAGAUCUCCCACCUUAUGGGAAGAAGUUGGGGAAUCACAGAUUUUGGGGCCACAGAGCCUUCAUCGUGAUGCAGAGAUGGUUCGUACUAUCAGGCGUAGGUUGUCAGAAGCUAAGGAUAGGCAGAAGAGUUAUGCGGAUUGGAGACGGAGACCUUUAGAGUUUUCUGUUGGUGAUCAUCCAGAUAUAUCUUAUGAGGAGAUUCCAGUUCGGAUUUUGGACCGCAAAGAGCGCCAGUUGUGGAACAAGACAAUUCGACUGGUCAAGGUGGGAUGGCGGCACCAUUCAGAUAAAGAAGCCACUUGGGAGUUGGAAGAUAAGAUGCGGGCUAGUUACCCACACCUGUUUACUGAAGGUAAUAAGGGGAGGUUGGAUGAUGAUUAA